AUGGGCCAAGCAAAAAAAAUUGCUGAGUACGGUAGUUGGUGGAGUUCCAUCGAUACAGACGUUGUAAACAGUGGAAAUUGCAGAAGCAUCGAUGAAUUGCAGUGUGAUGGAAACUCAGUAUUUUGGUUAGAAUCUCAGUUUCCCUCUGGUCGUCGUGUUUUAUUACAAGCGAAGAAGGACGGCAGUGAAAUAAUUGAAUGGACCCAAUCAGAUAUCACUAUACGCAAUACAGUCCACGAAUAUGGAGGUGGAUCAUUUAUUAUUGUCAAUAGCAUUCCUUAUUUUACCACUCCAUGUGGAAUAUUUAGGCAGCUGACGGCAGCCAGUGAACCAGAGUUGAUUGUUGCUGGUGAUCGAUCACAUCGCUUUGCCGAUUUGUGUUAUUUCAAAGGUAUAUUAUAUGCGAUCUAUGAGGUCCAUUCCGGAAACAAAGUCGAAAAUAUGAUUGUAAAAAUUCUUGAAGGCGAUAUUCAACCAGUGGUAACUGGAGCAGACUUCUAUGCUUCCCCACGCCUAAGUCCAAAUGGGCAGUACUUUUGUUGGAUGGAAUGGAAUAUUCCAAACAUGCCUUGGGAUGAGACGGCGAUUGUUGUUUCAUUACUUGAAGAAAAUGGUGAUAUUAAAACAAAAAUUUGUCGUAUUGAUCGUUCUGGUGUCAAUUAUCAGAGUCCAGAAUGGAGUCCUAGUAAUGAUUUAUAUUUAAUUUCGGAUCAUACAAAUUGGUGGAAUGUCUAUAAGGUAAAUUUGACGGAAGGAGAAUUAGACCAAAACGUGUUUCCUGUUAAUACUGAAAUUGGUACACCACUUUGGCAAUUUGCUGAUCGACAGUUUGCUGUAAAUAAGCAAGGAGUGUUGUUAAAUGUUGCGGGAAAAAUAAUAUUCAAACCUUGGAAUGCUAAGGCACAAUUAGUCAUUGGUUCCCCAUAUUCUUACUUCAAAAAUCUUGCUCUAGAUGAAAACCAUACUGCUUAUGCGAUCGCUUCAGGCCCUGCCAAAUCCUCUACUAUUGUUAGAAUUCAGCUGGAUACAAAUCAGGUCGAUGUCAUUCGGGAAUCUCGGCCCUCUCUUGACAUCGAUAAAUAUGAUAUUUCGGUGCCAGAAUCAAUCAAUUUCAAGUCCGAUGGUGUUGCUGUACAGGCUUGGUUUUAUCCUCCUUUUUCUACAAGUUAUCAAGCUCCUGAAAACACUUUGCCUCCGGUUGUUUUAUUUGCUCAUGGUGGACCCACAAGUUACUCUCCGAAUACUCUAAAUAUGAAAAUUCAAUACUUAACUACAAGAGGUUUUGCAGUCUGUGAUGUGAACUAUCGUGGUUCCACAGGUUUCGGAACAGUAUUUCGGAACAUGCUGCGACGAAAUUGGGGAAUUGUUGAUAGAAAUGAUAUGAUUAAUGCGGCUAAGAAGCUGAUCUCUCAAAGACGAGUAAAUCCGAGACAUAUAUGUAUUGUGGGUAGCUCAGCAGGAGGUUAUCUUCUCUUGGCUACGAUCAUAAAAUCUAAUCUGUUUGCUGCAGCUGCAUCACUUUAUGGUGUCAGCGACCUUAUCGGUUUGGCCAAAGAUACUCAUAAAUUCGAACUUGGUUACAAUGAGCAGCUUGUUGGAAAGUUCCCGGAAGAAUCAGCUCUUUAUGAGGAAAGGUCACCGCUGAACCAUUGUGAUCAAUUAACUACUCCAGUUGCAUUUUUUCAUGGUGAAGAUGAUCUUGUCGUACCACUGACGCAAAGUGUACAAUUACACGAGAUGUUAAAAGCAAAAGGAGUGACUACUUCCCUAUCAGUUUUCCCAGGUGAGGCUCAUGGAUUUAAAGGAUCAUUCGCAAAUAAAAUUGCUCUUAGUGGUUUUUAUUACUUCUUCUGUCGCGUACUAGGGAUCAGACCUUCAGUGGAAAGUGAGAUUAAAAUCGAAAAUUUGCCGAGACUCCAAGUCAGGAAGGAUUAG